UCAAUUAAACUGUAAAUCAAGCGUACAUUUCAAACGCAGUUACCCACUGUCCAUGCUUGCAGCUGUGUCUUUUGAAAAGGAAGACAAUCAACACAGGGCAUGACGUCUGUCAAUACUGACGUAUCCACCGGAGGAGGAAAGGGAAACCCUGCCUUUGAAAUGAAUGAGAACAUCGAAGAGUCAAACUUGGAACCUGAAGAGCCACUUCGAGAAGCUAAAGUAGUUGAGAUGCAGUUUCAUCGCUUCCUAUCGCCGAACAGGUUAUGCACUUUCAGCGAUGCGGUGUUUACGAUUAUUGUUACUAUAAUGAUUGUCCCAUUAUCUUCUUCUGUUGAUGAUUACGACCCAGAUGUGAAUAUUCAGCACAAUGAGGAAUAUUGGCGAUACUGUGAUUGUUAUAAAUGUGAUUAUGUUACUGAUUGUUAGUCUAGUCCCGUUUUUCUCAACACUUCUAGGCGAAUUUCCGAUGGAACCUUUAGCGAUUGUACUCCAAGGAAGCUGUUUCCUAAUCAUUGUCAUCCUUGAGGCACUUAUACUCGUUGUAGCUUUCAGUAGGCCUAAAAUGAUCGAGUCGGAGUUUUUAACGUCCACUGAAAAGCCAACCAUUCAAGUAAGAUAUUGUAUUAUGUUUACAUUGCAAGCAGCGUGUGCUAUUCUAGCCAUCAGUGUAGCUACCGCAUCCCCAGAAACGUCAUGGGCGUUUCUUGUUCUCAUGCUGUUCUGCGGACUGCUCUGUGAUAUCAUCAUUGCAAUUUGUUCCUGUUUUCGAAGGCCUAACGGAUUUGACCAUGCGUACCAAUCGUGUAUAUCAUAUUUAGUUACUAAACGAAUUAGGGAACAUCUCCCAAAAGAGCGCGUGCAUAAUUUUUCUGACGGCGUGUUUGCCAUCGUUGCUACGCUCAUCAUUCUUGACGUCACGACCAGUGUUGUGCCUAGCUCUGAGUCAUUAACAGCCGACCUGAGGACAACACUCAAGGGCGAUUCUGAAUUGCUAUUAUCAUAUGCUGCAACUUACAUAACUAUAGGGAUGAUUUGGUAUAUCCACUACACAAUAUUUAACCACUUAGUGGUAUCGGUCUCUCGUGGAAUGAAUAUCUUUAACAAACUGACCUUGUUGUGCGUUGGGAUGUACCCGUUCAACUUUAAGCUCGUCUCUCUUUAUAGACAUAGUACAUUUGGAAGAAAUGAAAACGUAGCUGUUCAAAUAAGCUGUGCUCUACUGUUCCUAUCAACGGUGUCGCUGCUAUGUACCUGGGGAGUAGCACAUGUGAACGGUCUAAUAACCUUUUUAUGCGGCUUUCAGCGUGGGAUCUUCAGUGCGGUUAUAUUUGAAAUAAUACAAAUUUGUCUUCCAGUCGUUUUCCUGAUAAUACGCUUUAUAAUUGAUCGAUACCAUAAACACAAAAAUCACAGAACCAUGAAUGUAGCAUCGGAUGAUGUGAAAACAGACUUUUCAAAUCACAAAGACUCUUCUUCAAAACUAGAACCCGAAAUGAACAAAGUGUAAAUAGUUGGUAUCAACAGAGAGUCAUCGUCGAAUGCAUCUAUCAUCAAAAUGCGUCAUAGCUCUGCAUCUCCUCUUUCUUGUCCUUAUGGACAGGGAGCUUCUGAUUCCGUGACGACGGUACGGUCUACGACAUAAUGGCCUGACGUAGAAUCCGCUGCGCAUGCAAAGGACAUUGAGUUUUAGUUUCAGUUUCGGGGCCUCUCCCCGAAUGUUAAUCCAUUAAGAACAUAGCUAUUUGUUGAACCUUAGCAAAAGUAUUCAAAGGGCGGGGGCUUAGCGGAUAUGGUCCAUUUCAGGAGGCGCAGUGUGGUCAGAAUCUACGUUGAUGUACAGAGAACGCGGGAUGAUCAUGCUUGAAUGAAUCUGUUCAAGGGUCACGUCAUUACGUAAUAGAAAGCUCCCUAACUCAGUCUAUAGUUCUCAUAAACCAUGGAGGUAUAAACAUUUUAUACCUCCAUGUAUAAAUAUAACACCUUAUAAUUAGCAAUCAAAUGUUGCCUUAAUGAUAAAAGAAAAUGAUUAAUCAUCUUCGUUGGUUUUAAACAAAUUGUUACUCUUACUCACACAAUGUUCGUACUAUUUUUCUAUCUUUUAUUACUAAAACAUUACAUUAUAUAAUAAAUAAAUUCUAUCUUCAAAAAAUGUUAUACAAAUUUGCUAACAAAUGCUGAUACUACUGUAAUCCGUGUUUUAAAUUAGGCCUAUAUAAAAGUUUGAAUAUACUACGUACUGUCUACGUACAAGGUGAUCGGUCCCGGCUAAAUGAUGCAGCACGUAUGUAGUAGGUUUAUUUCUUGUUGUUUGUUUGCUUCAAAUAUUUUCUUACUUUUCAACGAAUUUUGUAAAAAUCAAGAAUAUUUUUAUCUGUCCUUCAGCCAAGAUCUAUAACCAAAGCUACACUAGAAUUUAUAUUUGAAAUAAGAAAAACUUAAACAGAAUAAAUAUGUAUUUUUUA